AUGCCACCCCAAGUCGACCUCAUCUUCGUCUUUCGCUCCUCCCCAGCAAGAGUACUGUCUAGACGCGACGCGCGCGAGAAUGCAAGGCAGGCAGAGCGCCAAUACACAAAGCUCCUCGAUGUCCUCAAGGCGGGCGGCUUGCGUGCUGUCGGGAAGCGCGGGGAGAACGACGGGCAGCUGCUAGUCCUUGUAUCAUGUCCGCAGAGCACGUUAGCACGGUUAGCACAGCGUGAACGACAUUCAGAUUUCAUCUGCGGCCUCCCUACUACAAAUCCUACUGCCGCUCUCGAUCUAACCUCUCUAUCAUUAUCUUCUGCCGACCGACUACGACUCAUUCACGCAUAUGUAACAUCAACCGUAACGGACGGUGGCCUGGGUGUGGCGCCAGGCUCGAGUAACUGGGACCGCGUCGAGUCGGUCAUGAUGCUUCAUGACAACCAAUUCAACGAAGAAUGGAUUCGCUCCUGGACCCGUAAGGAGCUGGGCUUCGUGACGCUGACGGAGAUCCGUAAGCAGUUUGGCGAGGCCAUCGCGCUCUAUUUCGCCUUCCUCUCGUACUACACAAAAUCCCUCAUCUUCAUCUCCGUCGCCGGCGCGUACUUCUACUUCUUUCACGAGGCCUACUCAGUGGUCUACUCGUCCAUCCUCCUCCUCUGGUCAACAACCUUUGUUGAGUCUUGGCGGAUUCGACAAAGGAUACUCUCCGUGCGGUGGAGGACGCGCGGUUCAUUCCGCGUCGAGAAAAGGCGCGCCCAAUACGUGCCCAUCUCAUGGUGGAAGAAAGACCUCCGGAUGCUCGCUGGGCUGCCGGUCAUCAUGCUCUUCGCUGCUAUCCUCGCCGCGCUACUGAUGGUCGUGUUCGUAUUCGAGGCGUUUAUCACAAUGCUCUACACAGGGCCUGGAAGCCGCUUCGUUUCCUUCGCACCAACCAUCAUCGUCUCUGUCCUCGUCCCGCGCUUCCUCAGCAUCUACCACCGGUAUGCCGUCUCGUUCACGAACUGGGAAAACCACGGGCACCAGUCGAGCCACGACGCGUCGCUCACGCUCAAGUCGUUCACGCUCGCAGGCAUCGUCGACUACCUCGGUCUUGCGCUCUCCGCGUUCGUGUACGUGCCCUUCGGGGAGGAGACGAUGGCGUUCAUCCAGCGCACAAUCGAGAAGGACUCCGUGGCAAACCGCAACCUGACGUCCACACUCUACUCCGCCACCGCCAAGUUUGCGUCUGCUUCCGCGAGUGCGGGUGCGGGUGCGGACGCAAGCGAGACGGCGGGCAAGGCACGGAGCCUCUGGGAGAUGGACGUUAUGAGUGCGCGGAACAAGCUCAGCCCGACGCGCCUGCAGGACCAGAUGUUCGCGAUCACGGUCACGAACCAGGCCGUGAACGCGUUCCUUGAGAUCGGCCUGCCGUACGUCCUCCGCGCUGUCGCCGUGCUCCGCCGCCGCGGACUCCGCCCUGGAGCAUCCGCGAACGGGUCCGCGAACUCGGGCAAGAAGAAGCGCGUGUCGUUUGAGGACGAGGCAGAUGGGAAGGGGACAGCGCCAGAGAGGGAAAGGGAGAAAGGGGAGGAGAGGGUGUUCAUGGAGGAGGUGUGGAGGCAGGUCGCACUGCCGCCGUAUGAACUGUUCACAGACUACAACGAGAUGGUCACCCAAUUCGGGUACGUCGCGCUGUGGUCGACGAUCUGGCCGCUCGCUCCGCUGAUGGCCCUGACGAACAACUGGUUCGAGCUGCGUUCCGACGCGUUCAAGAUCUCGAAGCACGUCCGCCGCCCGAUCCCCGCGCGCACGGACACGGUCGGCCCCUGGCUCGACACGCUCCAGUUCCUCGCCUGGCUCGCGUUCCUCACCAACUCCGCGCUCGUCUACCUCUUCCGCCCGCUCGACCACUGCAAGGCGCUCGGCACGUCGCUCGACCGCCACCACACCCACCUCGCAGGGCGCAAUGCGGGCCCGCGCGAGAUCCUCGGCGCGGCGCUGCUCGUUGCGCUGGGCGCGUCGCAUGGAUACAUCCUCGUCAGAGUCGUCGUGCGCCAUGUGCUCGAGAGACUGAUGUGGCGCGGGACGAAGGAGGAGUGCGAGGUGGAGGCGGUUGAGACGGCGGUGAAAGAGGAGUACUUGAGGGGCUUGGGCGUCGCGGACGUGGCGAGCGCGGGCGCAGGCGAGAUUGCAGAGGCGGAUGCGAAGGACGGCGAGACAGAUCCUUUUUGGACGUACGAUGAGGGGCUGGACGAGCUCUCGAGGGAGACCAAGGAGUCAUGA